AUGUCCAAGGCAAAACGACGACAUAUUACUUCGGCGUUUUCGUUAUUCGUCAAGGACGCUCCUCCUGCAGAUAUCGCGUACCGACAUGUCUCAUAUCAGAGCCACGGGAGCUCGCUUCGCCGGUCCACAGGCUCUGUCCUGCUCCCCCCACUUCUGGAUAGCCAAUCUCCAGCAUGGGAACCCACUUGGAACGACGAAUACACCACCUCUGAGCAAAACUCACUAUUCCCCCCUGAUUCCUCAAGUACCCUCCCUGAUCCCGGUAACUUUGGAGACCUCGAUAUAGCGUACAUCAAUGAGCUUUCAGAGCUUGACAUAGAGCUGGUCAAAAAGCGAAAUCGGACAGCGGCAGACGAACCCCUGGCCAGUUGGCUACCGUUUAGACAGCAAUAUCUACUGCAGCUACUUAGGAAGGCCGGUCGUGGUCAGGCGGCUAGUGCCAUUGUCUGCCCCGGUUGUUCAGCCCCCUCCACCGAUACUACCUUCCGUUGUCUCAACUGCCUCGAUGAGGCACUCUACUGCGAGCAAUGCAUCGUUAUUAAUCACCGACGGACUCCUUUCCAUCGCAUAGAGCGUUGGACUGAAGAAUCGUACUUCGUUCCUCACAGCCUCAAGGCGCUGGGCCUACGGAUCCAACUCGGCCACGACCUGGGCAAGAUAUGCCUGAACCCCACUCGAGCCAAAGCCGAUACUUUCAUGGUCAUUGACGUCCAAGGCAUACAUGAAGUCGGUCUCGAUUUCUGUGGCUGCCAAACAGCUCAGCCGCUUACCGUCCAACUUCUACAACGAGGACUUUUCCCCUCUACUGUCUCGACUCCUCAAACGGCGGCCUCAUUCCAGGUCCAGGCUCGCGUCAAACUGGAAGAAGACUGUCGUGCUAGGAUACACAUGGCUAAUGAAACAUUUGUAGGCAAUACUUUACUUCGGCGGUUGAAGGAGGCUAUCCCCCAAUGUAGUACGCAUGUUGAGAAUCACCGCGAACUGGAAGCGCACCUGGAACCGGCGACAAUUCUCGAAUGGCGCUCGCUAGUCGAAUCAUGGGAAGCCGAUAAUUCAAAACCCAACCCCUACAUGGCGGAAACAACAACACUAUCGCAAGAUGCCGUUCGCCUUCAGCUCGCCAACGAAGAAGCGGAAGCCCUCGCAGCUGGCACGCUAGAGCAGCUUCAUCUCGAGGUGACGCCCCUCAUGUAUAUUGCCUCGGGAUUGGACCUCGAGCUGCAACAACACCAGCUCCUCGAAGCUGUGGCAUCACUCGGCCAACACGCCACUGACCGACAAUGUCUCGCAGUCGUCAAUCGUGCAAAUACUCUGUGUAUGAAAAUUUCGAACUUCCAUGAUGUCCAGAAGCUAUACUGUCUGAGUGCGUUUCGCAUUGUCGCGCAGGCAAACGAUGCCAACGAAACAUCAUCUAAUCCCACCGAGGACGUCGCUCGACUUUGGCUCUGUCUCCCAUCUACCUUCAGGACACCACUUGGAUGCAGUGAGGAACUGCGCGCGAUCGAAUGGCAAUUACGAUACGCGCAGGCCCUGGACGCUCUUAAUGCUCUACGGGUGGGUCUUCAUCUACGGGUCUCUGUCUUCCACUACAAAGAUCGCUUCGAUCGUGGCCAACGCGCUCUCACUCGAUCAAUGGGCAACAUCUCACGCGUCCAAGGCCAAAUUGAUAGAGCAUCCCAUCGCUACCGCGUUGCUCGUGCGGCUCUCUCAGUACUGGCCCGAUUUCUUGGCAAGGACGACAGCUGGCGCGCUGAGCUCCAGGAGCUGAAGACUGAGGAUAUUCGCGGACUCGGCGUGGCGGAUAUUGACAAUCUCGGCGAAGGUUACCGCACGAUCUCGUGGAUUUGGAGAACAGCAGGAACGGCGGGUAACGAAGAGCGCGACGACGGACUCCACAGCUCCUUGUGCCUCGAGUGGUGCAAGAGCCGUGCUCGAGCCUUGAGAUGGAGUGAGGAGGUGUUGCUGCUGCAGGAGGAAAUGCGGCGUGUAUUGGCUUUCUUGCGCUGGCAAGCGGAGUGGUGGAAGGGCCAGAUUUGUGACGACGAAAGCAUCCCUGGUCCUGAGGUCCUGAGGGAGGGAUUGAAUGCCUAUGCGCGACAGCAAGCCAACGUUAGGACUCGUUUAGCAGGGAGCUUUGAAGCGAGGUGGGCCUGCGUGCCUCAAUUUCUCGAACUAUACAACCCUCUCCACCCCCCUGAGGGGCCGCCAACCUAG